CUGAGUGACUUUUGUCUUCACCCUCGAGAGCAGAGCAACACUACCGCUUAGCUAAGCAAGGGUUUAACCAGCCUUCGCCGGAAAAAGCCGUGGGGUUACGGCAUUGACGACGACGAUGGCGGCGCCGGCGAGACUUCGGUUGCUGUUCGAGGAUCGCCACAUGCUGAGCAAGUCAAAGACGAAGGAAGGGCUUAAUCGUUGCUGGUUUCUCCUUAAACCCCAACACACCACCAUUUCCGAUCUCACCUCCAAUCUCCUUGACGCGUUCCGCCUCCACCGCACCUGUCCCGGCGGAAUCAUCCUCUCUAUGGAUGGUUUCGUUUUACCUUCGUUUGAAUCAACUUGUAUUUUGAAGGAUAAUGACAUUGUCUGGGUGAAAAGAAAAGGAAGCGUGUCGACUGAUGAUAAACCUGCGUUGUUGCCGCCUUUGUCAUGCGGGCGUCAGUCUAUUGACCUUCCGAAGCUUCUCUCGAUUGAGGGGGUUCAGGAGGAGACCCCGGAGCAUCUCAGGAUCGAGCAAGAGGAGACCAGAGGAGAUGAAACAGCGUCUGGAGAAGAUGAGGAUGAGCAAAUUGGUAGCGGUGUGGUUUGUGUGGAGUCUAAAUUAGAUGGGAGUGCAAUAUCAAAGAAAAGGAAAGUGUCAAAGAAGCUCAAGAGCCCUAGGUUUGAGGGGCUUCAAGAGGAGGCCGGAUUGCAUGUAACCACGUCCCGGGAAGAUGAUGGUGACCAAUUUGGUAGUGGUGCAGUUUGUGUGGAAUCUAAAUCAGAUCGGAGUGCAAUAUCUAAGAAAAGGAAAGCGUCAAAGAAGCUCAAGAGCCCUAGUCAGAAGAAGAUUAAGAUGUCUACUACCGAUAACUUGGCACUCAUUACUGAGGUCCAUAAAGAUGAAAGUGGAAGGUUUAAAGGCCAUAUUCAUCAACAAUCGAGUGUUGCCGAGAAGGACAACAAGUCAUCCAAUGACCAAAGUGAACCAACAAAUGAUAAAACAAGGUUUCUUCAGCCUCAAGAUGAAAGUGAAACUAAAAAGGUGCCUAGCAGAAGUGCUCGACGGAAGAAAGCUAAGAGAAGAUGGUUGAGGGAGCUUAAGUUAGCAAAGGAAAAGCUCAAUACAAGUCCAGUGCUUGAAAAAGACGAACAAUUACCAAUCAAAGAUAAUAAUUGCAAAGUUUCCGAUGUAAAUCAACAAUCUAGUGAAGAAAGUGAAGAAGAGGAUGAUGUUAUUCCUGUGGAAAUUAGACCAGGGCACAUUCGGUUUCAGCCCCUUAGAAAAGAUCAGGAAGUGCCACAGAAUCAGUUUCCAGUGGAAACAUUUUGCUGGAAUGGCAUUACCAGCAAGAAGAAAGGCCAGAAAUGGGGUAAAGAAAGGAUCUCAUCCUGGAAACAGGAUGACCAUGAAAAUUCCAGUCAAGAGUGGCGUGCUGCUCAGAAGGCUGAAAGAGAACACUUAUCCAAUCCAGUUGAUUUUGAAAAGCUUACACCUUAUACAAGCUUGCCUAAGGAAGGUGAUGUAAUUGCGUAUCGCCUAAUUGAAUUAUCAUCAUCUUGGACUCCUGAGCUCUCCUCCUUCAGAGUUGGGAAAAUAUCACAAUAUGAUGCUAAAUCAAACAGGAUUUGUCUCGAGCCAGUUUCAGAAUUUCCAUUUGUUUUGGAGGAAAAAACAGACCAGGAGACAUCAUCUGGACAGCCUGAUCCACCCCUCUAUCAGGAAGAUGGUUCUUUAGAGGUAGAGUAUACAUCCCUUGCUGAUGUUAGAAUGGUCAAGCAUGCCAACUCUAAUUCCGCAACUGCAGUUGCUUCUACUGAUGCUUUGGUCAAUCCACCAAAAGCAACUAACGGCAGCACUGAUGAAAAACCUGCUAAAGAAAAUGGUGGAGUAAGCGUCUGGGAUGAAAUUAACGAGGCAUUAAAUGCAAAGAAGGCCAAGCUUUCUCAGGAGAAUGGCUGGACCAAAGAAGAGACCACAGGCACACGGUCAUGGUCCUACAGGGCCAUGAGAGGCAGUGCGCUGGGUCCCACAAUGGCACGUUUAAGGUCACAGAAUCAACUUUAAGAAGCAAAUCUACCCUUGGGCUGUAUAUAUCUAUUUUGUGACACUUUUCCCCAGAUUACAUGUUUUAUGGUACAUAUGAACAAAUUACCAACAUUACCAUCUGCAAUGCAUGCUUCAUGUCCUCAUUUCAGUAUAGAAAUGGGCAAAUAUUUUGGGGAAAAUCUUUUGAAUGUUAUUAGGGGCGGUCCUCCUGAAAACCAAGCAGAAAAUUGAAUCAACUGCUGGAGACAUGAUGUUCCGCAUCGUAAGUGCCAAAACAGAGCUAUGAUUAUCGACAAAAAUGCUAGCUUUAACAGAACUUAUUGAUGUGGUUUGAAUUGGUAUUGUAUGUACACAGUAAUAGCUGACUGUGGCCAUAGGCACAUAAACCAUGCGGUUUGAAUGGAGUCAUUCAUGGUUCUGAAGCUUCAUUUUGUUUAUUAAUGGAAGCAGUUACUAAUGAUGGAUGAUUUAACA